UGUUUAAAACUGCGCUGAUGGAGGGUAGUUUUAAUACGAUGUUUACAGUUAUAAAUUAAACAAAACUUUUUUUUUUUGUUUUUUUGUACAUAUUGUAAGAUUGAAUGAUUAGAUUUUUCUGUGUUUAGUCCAAAAUUGUGCUAACUGGUAGCUGUGAGUUUUUCACUAGGAACUGUUAUGACCACAGUGGUUGUUUCUCGUCGGUUGAUGUUCUCUUUUGAGAAGUAAAGAUGGCGCUGCCUUGUAGCCGAGCGUGUAGGAAAUAUUUAUUGCAUUUAGCUCAAGAAAAUAUUGAAUUCAGGUUGCCGGAAAUCAAAUCAUUACUUGCUCUCAAUGGGGGACAAUUUACGCCUGAGGAGAACUUUAAUGAAAAGUCUCCAUUCUGGGUCCUGAAUAUUCCUUCUGAAGAAAUAGCACAAGGAAUAAUGAAACGAACAGUGUGUGCAAAAUCUCUGUUUGAAUUAUGGGGUCAGGGAAGAACGCAAGAGGAUUUGCAAGCAUCCUUAAACAGCUACCCAAUGGAAAAUAUGGUUCCUUAUCUUAAACCAGACUCGACAUACAAGAUCAAUGUUUACACCUUCAACAAAACAGUUACUCAUCUAGACAGAAUAAAGAGAAUAGAUGCUCUGGAGUUUUUGCCGUUCCAAGGAAAAGUAAACCUAAAGAACCCCGAGAAUGUUUUUUGUCUGCUAGAAGACUAUGGCUCUGAUCCCAAUAGCAUUCCUGAACAACCGGUUCACAUUUACUUUGGGAGAUGGCUCGCAGAUGGUCAGAGGGAAUUAAUAAGGUCCUACAGUGUGAAGAAGAGACAUUUCAUUGGAAACACUAGCAUGGAUGCUGGCCUGUCCUUUAUAAUGGCAAACCAUUGCAAAGUAAAAGCAAACGACUUGGUGUUUGAUCCUUUUGUAGGAACAGGAAAGGCAAGUAGGAAAGACCAGAAGUGGCGGGGUCCUGAUGAAAAUAUUCGUGCCAACCUCCGGCAGUAUGGUGCAGAGAAAUCCUACAUCGAUGUGCUGGUGUCUGAUGCUUCAAAGACAAUAUGGAGACCCAGGGAGCUGUUUGAUGCAAUCAUCACAGAUCCUCCUUAUGGUAUACGAGAAUCCACAAGAAAGACAGGCUCCCAGAAAGAAAUCAUUAAGCCUGCAGAGGAAUGCAGUGGAGAAAAUCAUGUUCCAGUGUCUAUGGCCUAUCACCUCAGCGAUAUCUUCACAGACUUGUUGAAUUUUGCUGCAAAGCAUCUUGUCAUGGGAGGAAGAUUGGUCUAUUGGCUCCCAGUGUACAGACCUGAAUACAGUGAAGAAAUCAUUCCCAAGCACCCGUGCCUAAAACUUAUUAGCAACUGUGAGCAGACACUCUCCAGUCAUACAGCCAGGCGCUUGAUAACAAUGGAAAAACUGAAGACGUUUGAGGAGAAGGAUGAGCUUGCACACCUUAUAGAUUCUAAGUUAAGUCCAUACCAAGGUCACAAUUCCUUCCGGGAGAAGUACUUCAGCGGCGUCACAAAGAAGAUUGCUAAAGAAGAGGCAAAUAACACUAAAAAUAAAGACUGAAUCAUGGAUUUUAAAUUUAUUCUGAGCAGCAUAGAAUAUUAUGGACAGAAUAUGAACCCCUGUCAUGUUCCUAAUUUUUAUGUUUUUUUUGUUUUUUGUUUUUUUUUAAUAUGAUAUGUUUUUGUUUUUUUUUAAACAAUGAAAGCUGUGUGAAUAUUUUAAGACACUUAACCACAAUACUUUUAAAAUACAGUAUUCACAUAAGUUUUUCUUCUGGCAUUUAUGUUUGUGUGUGUGUGUGUGUGUGUACCAAUUUUUGUGAUUUUUUGAAGUCCUGGUUUGUGGUUUGUCACAAAAAAAGUUUCUACAGUUGAUCUGAUGUAGGUCCUUCAUUGCAUUUAUGCACUGGCAAGAGCCAAGACUGGCACUGUUGCACAUUAGUAUAUGUCUAUAUGUGGAGGAAUCUGGACUCAUGCUUUUGUAUUCUGUGUUGCCAGUGUAUUUCGUGAGAUGUGUUCAAGUGGGGGUAGAGUUAGUACAAUGUUUCAUGACAGUGAAAGCCAAAUAACAAAUGAGCCCUAAAAAGCAGGGAUGAACACAGGCAAACUCCUGGAGGCUCAUAAUGUUAUUUUUUUUGGCUGUAUCAGUGAAAAUCUCCCUUUUAUUCAUUCAGGUUUAAUUACAAAAAUGAUUACCUAUGUUUUGCAAUGCUGGAUUCUAAUAGGGAAUGUUUGUCUGCU